AUGCCACAGAAGAAGGAUCCGAGAUCAAGAUUCACUAUUUUGGACUUUGUUCAAUUUUUAGGCGGAGUCCUUGCCCUCUGCUGUAUUCUCUCGUAUGUUUUUACGGGUACUAGUACCUGGGGCUACACAGGAAAAUACUUGAACUCUCAGUAUUAUAAGUUUGUUGUCCAGCAUCAAUUGAUAUCGCAUGAAUCAAUCUUGUUUACAACUGACGAAUUGGCACUUUACAAUGGUACCGAUACCAAUUUGCCGAUAUAUGUCUCGGUAAAUGGUACAGUAUUUGACGUAUCCUAUGGACGGGACAUAUAUGGACCUGAUCACGGAAGAUAUCAUCUCUUUGCCGGACAUGAUUACUCUAGAGUGUUUGUGAAUGGAUGCUUCCACCGUAAAGAUCAAUGGACAUUUGAUUUGAGAGGAUUGGAUGAAAAGGAAGCCGAAAUCAAGCUUCAGUCAUGGAUCAAGUACUACCGGAAACAUCCUCAAUAUUGGGAAGUUGGUCAAUUACAACUCCCCAACUUGAAUAAUCAGCCGAUUCCAGAGGAAUGCCGUGAUGGGCUAAAAUUGCCGAGUUUUUAA